AUGGCUGACGACGAUAACUUCGACAUCGACAUCUACGGCGACGACAACACCCAGGAGUACAACCAGAAUGAAAGUGAGGUCAAGGCAGAAAGCCAGACCGAAGCCAUGCCUGACGCGCCCCAGAACAGCGAGACUCCUAAGCCAGAGGACGAUAAGGCCAAGCAGCACGAGAACAACGGCACCAACGGUGACCAGACGCAAGCCAUUUCGAGUACAGGUGGAUCGUCGCAGAACCAGCUGCAACCGCCCAAGCAAGCACCCGUACAGCAGGGCGUAAAGCGCAAGGAAGGCCCAGACGAUCGACCGGUUGAUGCCAAUGCGACCACUGCCUUGCUGAUCAGCGAACUGCACUGGUGGACGAACGAGGAUGACAUUCGUGGCUGGGCAAAUCAGAGUGGAUGUGAGGAUGAGCUUGUUGACGUCACUUUCAACGAGCACAAGGUGAAUGGAAAGAGCAAAGGGCAAUGCUUUGUUGAGUUGAGCUCUCACCAAGCCGCCACUGCUCUUAAGCACACGAUUGAAUCUUUUGGUCAAGGCCAGCAAUACGCCAAGAAGCACACAGCUGUUUUCCACGCCCCGCACAUCAACCCCUAUCGCACGCUGCCAAAGGACGUGCCAAACCGCAAAGAGGGUAACCAGAGCCGCGGUGGUUCCUUCAGUGGAUCUCCCGCAAUGUCAAACAGCAACUUCCAUUCCGGCGGCGGUGGCGGCUUCCGUGGUGGCCGUGGAGGCUUCAACCGUGGCGGCAACAUGGGCAUGGGCUACAACAACCGCAAUUUCUCUAGCCCAAUGAACGGAGGUCCCAUGGGUGGCGGUUUCAACGGACCAAUGGGCGGCAUGAACCCAAUUGGUGGGAUGGGCGCGAUGAACAACAUGGGCUUCAACGGCUUUGGUCGUGGAGGUGGCAUGAUGGGCAUGCGGGGUGGCAUGGGUCCUAACCGCGGCAGAGGUGGCAUGGGCGGCGGAAUGAAUCCAGGGAUGAUGGGCGGCAUGGGCCCUAUGGGCGCUAUGGGUGCCAUGGGCAUGAACCCGGGCAUGAUGGGCGGAAUGAACAACAUGGGUGCCAUGGGCGCUAUGGGUAUGCAAGCAACGCCUUCUUCCCUCCCACCACCCGCGGCAGGUCUACUAGCCGCAAGCCCGCCGCCACAGCUAGCAGAUCCCUGUUAG